AUGAAUAAAGAUAUAAUUUCAGAUCCAACUUCCAAUCAAAAGACGUCAAAUAUACUUCAUUUUAUAUUUAAUUCAAAAAAGAAGUCAAAUAAAUUCAAAAGAGUUCUCCCUCAAUUAUCAAUAACAGAAAAUUUAAAUAAUUCAAUUCCACGCUCUAGAAUCUUCUCUUUAAACCAUGAACCUACUGGAUUUAUUACUUCAAGAAUUGAUUUAAUUCAAUUUACAGGAGAUUAUUGUUAUAAAGCUUUGAAUUAGUAAACGUUAUCAUUAAAAAAUUAACGAGACAGAAUUCCAGAUACGAUAGAAAAAUCAAUUGAGGGUUGUCCAUCAGUUCAUUCAUAUUAAACAACAAAGGUAAUUGAGACAUGAUAGGAAGUUUAAAUGUCCAUCUAUGUUAGAAUCAAUUAGAUAAAGGAGAAAUUAUAAUCUCUAAAAGUACCUAGAUGACAAUUUAACUGUAUUUUGUGAUAUCAUUAAAAAGAAAGACAUUGAAAAAUUGAUUAGUUUUUUAAAUUAUCCUUUUCAAUAUUCUUAAGAAUAAAAUGUAACCAUUUAAUAUUAAUAUAUAGUUGUUAGAGACAUUCUGUGAAUUAUUAUAUUUUAUUGCCUAUUAUGGUAAUACAAUAUUACAACUUAAUAAAGCAACAUUUUUAUUUAAAGAUUGUUUAAAAUUAUCAGAAUUAUGUAGAAAUCAUUAGCUAAAAGUGAAAAUCUUAAUUUAAUUAUUUUCAAUAGCAAAACAGUAAAAUUAUUUUAAUAUUUAAUAGAUUGAAAUAAUAUGAUAAGGCUUAUAAAUUCAUAUUAAAAGCUCUUUCUUAUGCAUGGGCUGAUAAUUUGGAUGACUAUGAAAUAGAUUGUUAUGAUAAAUUAGGAAUUUGUUAUUUUUAUAUGGGUGAUAUUAAUAAAGCUAAUCAUCUUCAUAAUAAAUGGGUAAAAUGUGAAAUUGAACCAAGGGAUUCUUAUUAUAGAAUAACAUCAAAAGAGUUUAUCUUAUUAUAUGAAAAAUUCUAACCUUUUUGUAAGGAAUUUGAUGAUAAAAUAUCAAGAUAUAUUCAUAUCCCAUUUAUCAAUAUUAAAACUGGAUAAUCAUUUGAUUCCAAUUCCACUUUAAAAUAUAAUACUUGUGAAGCAAUACCUUUAAUAAAUGAAAUUCUAUAUGGUUAUGAAUAUACAGAAUACUUUUUAGAUUAUCAUUAUAUAGAAUAAACAUAAAAACAACAUUAGAAAAAAUCAUAAUUACCUAGAAGAGCUCUUGAAAUUAUGUAAAAAUAUGACAAAAAUAAAGAUAAAUAUGUAUUUGAUCAUAAAAUUCAUGAAAAUCCUAUUUAUAAAUUAUCACUUUAAGAAAAAGUUAAUUAUAGGAAAACCAAAUUCUACUCUCUUGAUUCUGUAUAAUAAAAUAUCUAAAAAUACAUUUCUGAGUAGAGAGAACCUUUUAAAAAAAGUGAAAAGAUUUAUGUAAAAGAAUCUCAAAGAAAAGAUUUAUCUCCUUAGAAUGGAAAUCAAUUAUAUUAACAUUUUAGAAAAAUUUUGGUGAGCAUAAUUAAUUAAAAUUGA